CGUGACAGCGGACCCACCAAACCAAUGUGAACAGCUGACAUUUAACUGAAGCCGCCGCCCCCUUUCCCUCACUCUCCGCUGCUUUCCUUUUUUUGGAGCGAGUGCGACAGCUGCCAAUGUGUAGUUCAUCUUCGUAAAGUUCGGACAAAGAGCGAAGGCAUGCCGCUGGCUCGCAGCCUGUCUGUCACGUCCCUCUCCGGACUAGAGGAGUGGGAUGAGGAGUUUGAUUUGGAAGACGCUGUUCUUUUUGAAAUUGCGUGGGAGGUCGCUAACAAAGUUGGAGGCAUCUACACCGUCAUCCAGACCAAAGCCCGUCUGACCUCAGAGGAAUGGGGCGAGAACUAUUUCCUGGUGGGUCCCUACGUGGAGAGCAACGUGCGCACUCAGGUGGAGCUGAUCGAGCCCACCAACCCUGCGCUGAAGAGAACCAUUGACAAGAUGAACUCCAGUGGGUGUAAGGUCUACUUUGGGCGGUGGCUUAUAGAGGGCAGUCCCUAUGUUGUUCUGAUUGAUGUCGGUUUCACCGCCUGGUCUCUGGACACCUGGAAGAGCGAGCUGUGGGAGCUCUGUGACAUCGGAGUGCCGUGGUUCGACCGCGAGGCCAACGAUGCCGUGCUGUUUGGCUUCCUGACAGCCUGGCUGCUGGGAGAGUAUGCAGCCCAGUCUGAGGAGCCUCCACACAUUGUGGCCCAUUUCCAUGAGUGGUUGGCCGGUCUGGGUCUGGUGUUGUGUAGACACAGACAGCUGCCUGUCGCAACCAUCUUCACCACUCACGCCACACUGCUGGGACGAUACCUGUGUGCUGGAAAUGUGGACUUCUAUAACAAGCUUGCAAACUUCAACGUGGAUAAGGAAGCAGGCGACAGACAGAUCUACCACCGCUACUGUUUGGAGCGGGCGGCUGCUCACUGUGCCCAUGUCUUCACCACUGUGUCACAAAUUACAGCCAUUGAGGCAGAGCACCUGCUCAAGAGGAAACCAGACAUCGUCACUCCCAACGGACUCAAUGUGAAGAAGUUCUCAGCCGUGCACGAGUUUCAAAACCUCCACGCUCAGAGCAAGAACCGCAUUCAGGAGUUCGUCAGGGGACACUUCUACGGGCAUCUUGACUUCAACCUGGACAAGUGUUUGUUCCUCUUUAUCGCUGGAAGGUAUGAGUUCUCCAACAAGGGUGCCGACAUCUUCUUGGAAGCUUUAGCCAGACUGAACUAUCUACUGAGAGUCAAUCACAGUGACGUAACCGUCAUUGCAUUCUUCAUCAUGCCUGCCAGGACAAACAACUUCAAUGUGGAGACCUUGAAGGGCCAAGCUGUCAGGAAACAGCUCUGGGAUACUGCUCAGACUGUGAAGGAACGCUUCGGAAAGAAACUUUAUGAGUCACUUCUGGUUGGGCAGCUGCCAGAUGUGUCGAAGAUGCUCGACAAAGAGGAUUUCACCAUAAUGAAGCGUGCCAUCUUUGCGACUCAGAGACAAUGCCAGCCUCCAAUCUGCACCCAUAACAUGCUGGAGGACAGCAGCGACCCCAUCCUUAACUGUGUCCGCCGUAUUGGCCUUUUCAACAGCUCUGCGGACCGUGUCAAGAUAAUCUUUCAUCCAGAGUUCCUUUCAUCCACCUCUCCUCUACUUCCAAUGGAUUAUGAAGAGUUUGUAAGAGGCUGCCACCUCGGCGUCUUCCCCUCUUACUAUGAGCCUUGGGGCUACACACCAGCUGAGUGCACAGUCAUGGGAAUUCCAUCAAUCUCAACCAACCUGUCAGGAUUUGGCUGUUUUAUGGAGGAACACAUAGCAGACCCCUCAGCAUAUGGUAUUUACAUCCUGGACCGGCGUUUUCGAGGGGUCGACGAGUCGUGUAACCAGCUCACCUCCUUCCUGUUUCAGUUCUGCAAGCAGAGCCGGCGCCAGCGCAUCAUCCAGAGGAACCGGACUGAGCGUCUCAGCGACCUCUUGGACUGGAGAUACCUCGGCAGGUAUUAUAUAUCUGCCCGUCACAUGGCCCUGGCAAAAGCCUUCCCUGACACCUACAUUUAUGAACUCAAUGAGCCAACCUCAACCUCAGGCUUCCGUUACCCGCGACCAGCCUCUGUGCCACCAUCUCCAUCUCUGUCCCGCCACUCCUCCCCCCACCACAGCGAGACCGAGGACAACGAUGAAGAAGAACGCUACGACGAGGAUCUGGAGGCCGAAAAGGAUCGGGUGAACAUCCGCCAACCCUACGCCCUGCCAUUCAAAAACAAGUCUGCUGUCCACGGGGCCAAUGGAAACAGCGAUAGUGUCACAAGCGAGAAAAACUGAGACACACACUCUCACACACACAUACAGUACAUGCUAAACCUCACUAGUGAAACCUUACUCUGUGGCAAUCGUUAAUGUCAUCCAUGUACUCAAACAAUUUAGAAAUGAGUGCAGUUGUGUGAAUGCGAGUGAUAAAUUUAAUAUCGGCUUGUUGUGAAAACUUGCACCACUGUCAGUGUCUUCCCAACUUGUGCGUACCUCAGAAUUUUUAAGAAUAUAUGUCUGUUUGAUAUGUUUUGUUAUUGUUUCAGUAACACCAGCAGUGCAACCAGAGGUUUGCUUUGUGGAGUAAACGCAGCAGUUAGAAAGGGCUAAACGACAGCUCAACAUGGAAUACAAAUCAGGAUUGCUGGAUUUUGUAGUGUACUAACACUGGAUAACAUACUAUAGGUCUAAAGCAUUGAAAACAAUAACAGAGGAUUAUUAUGAGUCUCUGGAGUAGUUUUGAUAUUUGAUUUAAAGGUGGGUCAAAGCAGGGAAAGCAACAUAACACUCCUUUAUUCCCAGCUUGUCAUCUUAACACAUUUAAAGCAGGAUCCGCUAUUUUCAUGGUAAAAAAACAAAGGCCCAUGUAAAGAGUAUCAGUUGCUGUGUGGACCCACAAAGAGCACCUGUUCUUUUUACUUGUGUUUGGCUUAAAGGUGUGAUGAUGGUUCAGUGUUUCAAACACAAAUGUCUGCAUUGUAGCAUUUUCUUCUUUCUUUCAAAUGCCUUGUUUACUACAAACCAUCCCAGGAUGGAAAUUACAUGUAGAAAGACACACAUACACAACGACAAACAGCAUCAGCAAACAAAAAGCUGUUAGUCCUCUCACAUGGAGAAUAUUGUUUUGUUGUGUGUGUGUGUGUUUUCAUUUUCUUUCUGCGCCUUAUUGUGUCACCACCUUUCAGUGACGAUCACCCAUGAAUAACCUCACACUCCUUUUUAUCAGUCUGUGUGUGUGCUUGUGUUGAGAUGGUUAUUCCUGGGUUUCGCUGUGGGCAAGUAUUUAUUUGUGAAAGGAAUAGAGAUGAGACAGGUGGAGAAGAAAAGGGACUGUGUCCUCGGAUGGCAGGUGAAGGACAUGAGAGAAAGGGCUGGGAAAGGAACUCGAGUACGUCUUGAUUGUUUGUCUGUUAAUGAAGGAGGAAAAUUGUUUUACCAGGCGUGCACUCACACUCCCUGUAAAGAGUUUUAUCAUUUGUUACAAUCUUGCACCAGAUGAACUUAUAAUAAAGUUUAAAUAUAUAUACCUAUUAGUGUUUUACAAAUGA